UUGGCAUGUUUUUAUGGUGCUGACGAUCUCAAAGGCAGAGUUGUCGACUUAACCAACCAAAUGAUGUGGAACAACAAACAUGAGGUCGUGAAAAAGUGCGCCGAGCUGGCGUACGCAAACGGUUACCAGCGGUUCGCUUUGGGCAAGAAUGGUCUCUGUCUAUCUGGAAUUAAUAUGAAGGACAAAUAUUACCUCAAUGGUGUUGAAAAUGCGGCGUGUAUAGACAGGAUUGGAGCGGGCAACAGUAUUUUUGUAUAUUCUUCUGGUAAGCUUAUGUCCCUGCCCAUUCCAAGCGUAUCUCCAUCACAAAAUGUUUUGCAAAUCAUGACAGGCACUCGAUCUACAGAAAGGAAAUAGAACCACAGACUAACCAAAUUCAUAUCCUGACAACUUCGCGAGACAAAUAAUUCCUUUUCAGGGACUGGUUAUUACUUAAGGCCAGGUUUGGGUCGGAUGAUUUUGUAGGGUAACAUAAUUUAGGUCAGAAAUUAAAGGGGUAAAUAUCCAGUGAUAUGGCUGAUGAGUGAUGUUUUCAGCCAGUUUCUGAAGGACUCAAAUUGUACAAUGCCAAGUAUUUGAUCAAAUUAAAUAAUCUCCCGACUACAUUCGUCUAUAUAGAUCCAGCACCGAACCUUCAGCCCAUUGGCUGUUAUAACGAUAGUGCAAAAGAACGAGCCUUGCCAGUGUUCUACGCUAACGCCCGAGGUAACAUCGACUGGUUUAACAUGGAAUUAACAGUUAAUCAGUGCGCACAAGUGGCCAGUGAUAUGGGUUACGAAUACUUUGGCGUCCACUUUUACGGCGAGUGCUACAGUGGCAGAAAUGCUAAGGAAAGUUAUGCCAAAUAUGGAAACAUUACUGAGGGACGCUGGGAGUUUGAUAAUCAAACUGGAUUUGCAGUAGGAAAAGAGGGGGCUAAUUUCGUGUACCAGAUCCGGAAGUAG